GCCCGCCUGCCCUCCGGUCGCCUCUCGUUGGGCCGGACGGCCGGCCUGGGCGGCGGGGGGCCGGUUGGGUGGAAGAUCCCACAGCGCGGUGACAGCUUGUGGAUUGGUCGGGCUGUAUUUUUUUUUCUUGCUGGGGAGACUUCUUUUUUUUUUUUUUUAACACUUUAUUGGGAGUUUAUUCCUAAGCGACCAGUUCCUGGGAUCGCAGCUCGAGACAGCAUUCAUUAAACUCCCCCUUUUUCCUCGGGGCGAGCAUUUGUGUAAGUGGGGAGGAGGGGGUCGGUGAGGAAGAGACUCGGAGGCUGUCGGCGAGGCUCAGAAAAUUCUCCGCAUUACUCAAAAAGCAGCCGGUUAAGAAAUGCAGCAAGUUUUGGAAAACCUUACAGAGCUGCCCUCAUCCACAGGAGCAGAAGAAAUAGACCUAAUUUUUCUCAAGGGUAUUAUGGAGAAUCCUAUUGUGAAAUCACUUGCUAAGGCUCAUGAGAGGCUUGAAGAUUCAAAAUUAGAAGCUGUCAGUGACAAUAACUUGGAAUUAGUGAACGAAAUUCUUGAAGAUAUCACUCCUCUAAUAAGUGUGGAUGAAAACGUAGCGGAACUGGUUGGUAUACUCAAGGAGCCCCACUUCCAGUCGCUCCUGGAGGCCCAUGAUAUUGUGGCAUCAAAGUGUUAUGAUUCACCUCCCUCAAGCCCAGAAAUGAAUAAUUCUCUCAAUAAUCAGUUUUUGCCAGUAGAUGCCAUCCGUAUUCUUGGUAUUCACAAAAAAGCUGGAGAACCAUUGGGUGUAACAUUUAGGGUUGAAAAUAAUGAUCUGGUAAUUGCCCGAAUCCUUCAUGGAGGAAUGAUAGAUCGACAAGGUCUACUUCACGUGGGAGACAUUAUUAAGGAAGUUAAUGGCCAUGAAGUUGGAAACAAUCCAAAGGAAUUACAAGAAUUACUAAAAAAUAUUAGUGGAAGUGUCACCCUGAAAAUUUUACCAAGUUAUAGAGAUACUAUUACUCCUCAACAGGUAUUUGUCAAGUGUCAUUUUGAUUAUAAUCCCUUCAAUGAUAACCUGAUACCCUGCAAAGAAGCAGGACUGAAGUUUUCCAAAGGAGAAAUUCUUCAGAUUGUAAACAGAGAAGACCCAAACUGGUGGCAGGCUAGCCAUGUGAAAGAGGGAGGAAGUGCUGGUCUGAUUCCAAGCCAGUUCCUGGAAGAGAAGAGAAAGGCAUUUGUUCGCAGAGACUGGGACAAUUCAGGACCGUUUUGUGGAACUAUAAGCAACAAAAAAAAGAAAAAGAUGAUGUACCUCACAACCAGGAAUGCAGAGUUUGAUCGUCAUGAAAUUCAGAUCUAUGAGGAAGUAGCAAAAAUGCCGCCCUUCCAGCGAAAAACAUUAGUGUUGAUAGGAGCUCAAGGUGUGGGCAGAAGAAGCUUGAAAAACAGGUUCAUAGUACUGAAUCCUGCUAGAUUUGGAACCACGGUGCCAUUUACUUCACGGAAGCCAAGAGAAGAUGAGAAGGAUGGACAGGCAUAUAAAUUUGUGUCCCGAUCAGAGAUGGAAGCAGAUAUUAAAGCUGGAAAGUAUCUGGAGCAUGGGGAAUAUGAAGGAAACCUCUAUGGAACUAAGAUUGACUCUAUUCUCGAAGUUGUCCAAACUGGACGGACUUGCAUUUUGGAUGUCAAUCCACAAGCACUGAAAGUUUUGAGGACAUCUGAGUUCAUGCCUUAUGUGGUAUUUAUUGCUGCUCCAGAGCUCGAGACCUUGCGUGCCAUGCACAAGGCUGUGGUGGAUGCAGGAAUCACCACCAAGCUUUUGACGGACUCUGAUUUGAAGAAAACAGUGGAUGAAAGUGCACGAAUUCAGAGAGCCUACAACCACUACUUUGAUUUGAUCAUCAUAAAUGACAAUCUAGACAAAGCCUUUGAGAAACUACAAACUGCCAUUGAGAAACUGAGAAUGGAGCCACAGUGGGUCCCAAUUAGCUGGGUGUACUGAUGAUUCAAUAAGGGUAACAGUUAAAUAAAACUCUUAAAAAGUGACUCAACAAGUAACCCUUCUCCUGGGAGAACACAUGCAGAGGUAGAAGGCAUCUGCCACAUCUGGGCAUUUCUAUUGUGCAGCUUGAAAUAACAGUGCACUAGGUGGAAUUUUCUAUGAUUGAGGUUGGGAAGGUGUACUACUAUAUAAUUUCUCUUAAUUUUUCUAACUUUUUACAGAUGAAACCUUUCUAUUCAUGCCACAUAAAGAAAUGCGUUCAAGCAUUUUGUACGUAUUGAUUUAGUACCUUACCUUUUUCAUCAAAGGGAUUUCCAGCUCAUUCUCUCCAGCAUUGGUCUCAUAUUGUCACUGUGAUAAUGAAUACUUGAAAUAGUUUUGUAAAGCUAACUUCUCUUAAGUGUUUAGUGAAGGGUCAAUUAUUCUUAUUAGGAAAAAAUAGUAGUUACUGACCUUGUUAAUCAAACUUCUUACAGAAGCAGAAUGUAAAUAAGAGUGCUACAGCCAGUUCAGAACUAUCUUAAUCUGACAUCAAGUCUUUUCAGUGCCACUCUUACUCCAGAGUAUGGCUGCUCAUUUGUACAGAUAAAUCGGCUUUCCCCUCUCAUCUCUCUAGUGCGUACAAUGAAGAGCAAUAGCGUGCACUCUCUAUGGGCUUAUUCUUUUCAUUUGUCACAGUGAUGUGCUGAUGCUGACUGAUGUUGCAUAUUAGUUAUGACGGGAGCUCGGGCUGAAAGCAAGGUCAUGCCGACAGAGAGUGCCUUAUCCUGCAAAACUUUACUCAACUUAGAGAACGUUUGCUUAUUUUCAAAUAUAAAAUUUCAAACUAUUACUUCAGUCAGUUUUUUAAGUAUAUAGUCAGCAAAAAUAUGCCUCUGCAAAUGUUUGUGAUAUUUAAAGAUGUCUCUAAGCUACAAGCUGUUUGUUAAUCAUCAGAUGUGAUUUCCAAAACAGGAAGUGAUCUGUUUA